AUGACCGUGGCAUUCAUCGUACGACGCGACUUCAUCGACUUCCACAGCUCUCUGCUAGGUUAUGUCUUCAACUGUGCGACCACCUUCCUGCUCACCAACGCUCUCAAGGUCUCCAUCGGCCGGCCCCGGCCACACUUCUUCAUCGUCUGCUUCCCCUCGGGCGUUCCUGUGUACGGCAGCGAUGGCAACGCACAGUGCAACGGCUCGUCCUCCAGUGUCAUGGAGUCGAGAGUCAGCUUCCCCAGCGGCCACACCUCCAUGUCCUUCUCAGGUUUGACCUACGCUGCACUCUUCCUGGCAGCCAAGCUGCAGGCCUUCAGCACAAGAGGGAGGGGGCAGCUGUGGCGGCUGGUGCCGUCAGCAUGCUGUCUGGCGGGUGCUGCUUCUGUGGGCAUCACUCGAGUCGUGGACUACUGGCACUUCCCGUUUGAUGUCUUUGUGGGAGGGUUGAUAGGUAUGGUGGUUGCAGCCAUCUGCUACUUCCUGCACUACCCUGCACUGUCCAACCAGAACUGCCUGCUCUUCGCCUUCUUCUCCACCAUUCUCAUCACCGCUGCUCUCAAUGUCUCGGUUGGGAGAACUUUCAAAGAUCCCUCUUCACCUCUUGCCCUCUCACAUCCAGUCCUUGCAAUCUCUCCUCCCCCUCACCUCUUCACCCCCACCAGGCCUGCUCUUCGCCUUCUUCUCCACGCUGCUCAUCACCGAUGCUCUCAAGGUCUCCGUCGGCCGCCCCCGCCCCGAUUUCUUCAUCAGAUGCUUUCCCUCGGGAGUCCCUUGUCCUUUUCAGGCCUGGCCUAUCUCUCUCUCUUUCUGGCAGCCAAGCUCCACUCCAUCUCCUCCUCCUCCGCUCACCUCUGGCGCCUGCUGCCUCCUGCGCUGCCGCUGGUGGGGGGGGUUGCUGUUGGAAUCACACGCAUCGAUGACUACUGGCACUUUCCUUUUGACGUCUUUGUUGGCAGUCUUAUAGGUGCGUAA